GAAGCAUCUUAUAGUAUUUUUAGCUUCAUUCCUUCUUUUGCUCUGAUCAAAGUCUUCUCCUUCCCUUCUCUCUCUCUUUCCUCCUCUGCACAUUUCUGGGUUCUUCUCUUCUUAUGCUCUGUUUCUUUUAAGACACAGAAGAAACAGUACAGAGUUGAGAUUUUCUUAAACAAAAGUGAAAAGAGAAGAAACAAGUGACAGCUCAAACGGACAAAAACCACUCUUGGGUCUUUCUUGCUUCUGAUUCUUUCUCUUCUCUAAUAGAAGAAAACAUCUAGAAGCUAAAAAAAUGUCGGAAGGAGUAGAAGCGAUAGUAGCAAAUGACAACGGAACAGAUCAGGUAAACGGAAACCGUACCGGGAAAGAUAACGAAGAACACGACGGCUCCACCGGUUCUAACCUAAGCAAUUUCCUAUGGCACGGUGGCUCUGUCUGGGACGCUUGGUUCAGCUGCGCAUCUAACCAAGUGGCUCAAGUGUUAUUGACAUUACCGUACUCGUUUAGUCAACUAGGAAUGUUAUCAGGAAUAGUACUUCAGAUCUUCUAUGGUUUACUAGGAAGCUGGACUGCUUAUCUCAUCUCUGUUCUCUACGUCGAAUACAGAGCUCGUAAAGAAAAAGAAGGCAAAAGCUUCAAAAACCACGUCAUUCAGUGGUUUGAAGUACUUGAUGGAUUACUUGGUUCAUACUGGAAAGCACUAGGACUCGCAUUUAAUUGCACUUUCCUCUUGUUUGGAUCUGUUAUCCAACUCAUUGCUUGUGCCAGUAACAUUUAUUACAUAAACGAUCAUCUGGACAAGAGAACAUGGACUUACAUAUUUGGCGCGUGUUGUGCAACCACUGUCUUUAUACCGUCGUUUCACAAUUACCGAAUUUGGUCAUUCCUUGGCCUUGGAAUGACCACUUACACCGCUUGGUACUUAGCCAUUGCCUCCAUCAUCCACGGCCAGGCGGAAGGUGUGAAACAUUCAGGUCCAACAAAGCUAGUGCUUUAUUUUACGGGAGCCACAAAUAUUUUGUACACCUUUGGAGGUCACGCGGUUACUGUUGAGAUUAUGCAUGCUAUGUGGAAACCACAGAAGUUUAAGUACAUUUACUUGAUGGCGACGUUAUACGUGUUCACGCUAACGAUUCCGUCAGCUGCCGCCGUUUACUGGGCUUUCGGAGACGCACUUCUCGACCACUCCAACGCUUUCUCUCUUAUGCCCAAGAACGCGUGGCGUGACGCCGCUGUUAUCCUCAUGCUCAUUCAUCAGUUUAUAACGUUCGGGUUCGCUUGUACACCUUUGUACUUUGUGUGGGAGAAAGUGAUUGGGAUGCAUGACACAAAGAGCAUUUGCUUAAGGGCUUUGGCUAGAUUGCCUGUGGUCAUACCUAUUUGGUUCUUAGCUAUUAUCUUCCCCUUUUUCGGUCCAAUCAAUUCCGCUGUCGGUGCUCUUCUUGUUAGCUUCACCGUCUAUAUCAUCCCAUCUCUCGCUCACAUGCUCACUUACCGAUCUGCCUCCGCUCGUCAGAAAUGAAAUGAAGAGUCGGUGGAGGAAUAUUAUAGUUGGGGGGUAGGGUUGUGAAAUUGGAGGGCAAAAACGUCUUUUGUGGAAGAUAGAUGGGGUUCAGUGUUCCGUAUCUUACGGAAGAUAGGAUCAUCACCCACAUUCCUUACUGGCGUCCCCUCCAAAUAAUAUAUUAUUGAGUUGGUUUCAGCCAUUUCUUUAUUUGGUUACAUUUAGAAGAAAAAAUACAAUAUCCGGUUAGGUUAGUAUUAGUAAUUGACCAUGACUUCUUUUUCUUUCUCUCUUUCAAAACAGUGUAUAUUAAAUUUACGUAAGAUAAAAGUAGAGGAAAAUAGGGGAGAGGAAUAGGUAAGAGUCAUAAUCAGAAAUGAAAAGGAGCUGUACAAUAGGGACUCUAUGCCUAACAUUAAUCUAAAGUGAGAGUCUGAGUAUGACAAAUCACAAUCAUAUCUCUCUCUCUCUCUCUCUAUCUCAUGGGUCAACAAAGCUUUGGAUUUUGUCCAUUACUAUACGACCAAAACUCUAAAACACUUACACACUCUCUAUUUCUUUAAUGGUUCUCUGAUUAUUUUUGUGUUUUGGAUCUUUCUUGUAGAAUGCGGCGGAGAAGCCACCGUUCUUUAUGCCGAGCUGGACGGCGAUGUACGUGUUGAAUGCUUUCGUGGUGGUUUGGGUUCUUAUAGUCGGAUUUGGGUUCGGUGGAUGGGCUAGUGUAACCAACUUUGUUCGUCAAGUCGACACUUUUGGUCUCUUUGCCAAGUGUUACCAAUGUAAACCAGCUGCAGCCGCCGCACAUGCCCCGGUCUCCGCUUUACACCACCGUCUUUGAGAGAUCGAGUCAGGGUUCUUCUAAUGCGUUUGUGGAGGGUUCUUAAAAUUAUUUGUUCUUCUUUUGUGUUUUGUGUUCGUAUACGUGAAGGGAGUAAAAGUCACGAAAAUAGUGUACUUUUUACACACCCCUUUAAAUGCGUGCUAAGCUCUUAAUUAUUUUUUUCUCUUUUGGGGUUUUGUAUUUUUGUUUUCACUCCUUAGUUUUUUUUUUAAAAUUGAAUAGUCGAUAAUAUGUAGUGUGUGAUUUCUUAAUUUGGUAUUGUUAAAACAAUAGGCUAAGAAAAUGUAUCGUCUUCUCUCCUUUUACUUGUCUUUAGUAACAAAAAACAAUUCUUAUCUUAUACAUUUAUCCUAAUUAGACUUAUAUAAACUAUUUUACCAUGAAC